UAUUUGUUACCUAAAGAAGUAAAUCACACAAAAGGAAAAAUAUAUUAUUCUACUUGUAUGAAAUACCUAGAGUAGUCGAACUCAAAGGCAGAAAGUAGGAUGGUGAUUGUUAGGGGCUGGGGUUGGAGGGGCAGGAGGGGAGUUAAUGUUUAAUGGAAUCAGAGUUUGUCUGGAAUGAUAAAAAAGUUCAGAGAUGGGUGAUGGUGAUGGUUGUACAACAGUGUGAAUGUACUCAGUGCCAUUAACUUGCACAUUUGAAAAAUGAUUAAAAUGGUAAAUUUUUGUAAUGUGUACUUUAUGACAGCGAGGAAAGAAGUAAAUUACAGUCGUAUACAUAAAGUAUAAUUGGAUUUAUGUAAAAUUCAAAAGUAAGAAAACUACAUUGUUUAGACAUACAUACAUAUGUAAUACACCUUUAAAGAAAAACAAGAAAAUUAUCACAAAUAUCAGUAAUUAUCUCUAGGUGUAACUUUUUUUUUUGGUAAAUCAGUAUAACUUUUGGCAUAUGUUGUGGAAAGGAUUCAAAGAACUGCAUGAUAUAGCUGGAACCUAGUCCCAUUGGCUUUUUUAUAUAAACCAGAUUUCUCACUUCUUAUGUUUGUACAAAUUAAAAUAGAAUCUGUCUGAAUUCUUGUUUCAUUCAGCAAUAGCCAACAUUUAUCCAUGGAUCAUGAACUAACCAGCAAAAAGAAAAAAACCCAACCAUCUCAUCAAGAGAUGUAUAUCUAGUAAAUUUUCACUUUUUGUAUUUUAAUAUUUACUCACCAACAUUUGUGAUAUAAAAUGUUGCUUUAUUAAAUUGUACACUGAAUAUAGUAAUAAAAUUAAUGCAAUCCAGAGCAAAAUUUGUAUUGCUUAGAAACUUAGAGACAAGGAAAUUUAAAUUUUCAUACAUAUUUUGACAACAUAAAUACGAUAGGAAGAUCAACAAAAUUUUUCAGAUGUAUUACAUUAGGAUAAAACUUGGUGGGGGAAGUGGAAUGGAAAUAUGAAUUCAAAGAGAAAAGGAUUAAAAUUUUUAUUAAAUGUUCAUAUUUCUUGAAUUAACAUUAGGUAUUAAAUCACUGUAGUAUGUGGAUCCAUCAGAUAUAAUUUAAAUAGUGAUGGAUAUAUUUUAUUUAGUUAGUUUUUUUUGUGAUGUAUGUAUUUUAAAUAGUGGUGGAUAUAUUUAAAAGAGUGAUGUAAAAUUUUCUUGUGCAUACCAUAUACUAGAAAGUAAAACAUUUGCAGCUAUUUAAACUUGUGAUAAAGAAGUUUUCAAUGCCAACUUAAAAAUGUGUGAAGCUUUUCAAAAUUCUUUUAGGGAAUCUAUGAACAAAUAAUUUUAGAAGUUACUGAUCAACUAUCAGCUGAGGAGGAGAAGCCAGACAAGAAGUCUAAGAAGGAGGGACUUGCAAGAGAAGAAACAGAAUCAGACAGUGCCAACCUAAAGCCUAAUGAAGGAAAUAUUUCAAGGGAAAGGAAGAAAACGUUGUCAAAUGAUGAUGACAGAGGAGUAAAAUGAGGGCUGAAAAUUGGCCAUUGUCAUUGGAAACGUGGCCAUCUUAAGGUUCCAUGACAAGUGAGGUUUUAAUGGAGCAACAGAAAUGGAAGCCUGAUUGGAAUGGGGCAUGCAGAAAAUGGGGAAGUGGAAGCAGUAGGCAACUCCUUUUAGGUGGUCUGAUACUAAGGUUACCAACGUUGGAGCAGAAGGUGGAGAGGGAUGUGAAAUCUAGGUAGGCAGAAAUCUAUGAAUAAUUAGAGGUGUUAGUUACAGGAGCCAAGCCUUAACUAGACAGUGAGGAAUAGGAUCUACUGUAAAAGUGACAGACGCAGCCUCAGAGAGCCGAAGUUCAUCUACUAUACCAAGAGGGAAGGCAGACAAAAAUAGAGGUAGGUUCAAAGAUUUGAUGUGUACAGGAGAGUAUCCUCUUAACAUUUCUAGUGAUGUAAGAGGUGAGGUCAACAGCUGAGUAGGAAAGAGGAAAGGAUUUUGGAAGGUUGAAGAGUGAGGAGAAUGGAAUAGUGGUAGGAAUACAGGAUGGUGCUUAGAGCCUGUUUAAAAUUUGUGGUCACGAAUCUGAGCUCGAGUAUUUUUCUCUGGCAACGUCCAGCUGCUCAUACUAAAUAAACGGAGAGUUGGCUUUAACUCGAACUAGUUUACCAGCUAAGCUCCUCAGAGGGAGGGGAAGACAGGUCAGGUGGAGAUAUAUAAGUUAGUGAUUGUGGUGAUGAAUUGUGAAAUCUAACCGGGGUAAGAAAGAAGUUGGGGCGGGGGUGAUGAAUGGUGAGAAAGUGAUAGGGGUAAUAAAUUGGAGAUUCCAAAGGAGCAUCCUGCAGUAGGUGAGCCGAAAAGCGAAGAUAGGCAUCCAAGAGUCUGUAUAUCCCAAGGAUUAACCACUCUGUUGAUUCCAAAUUUAGAUGGUGUGCUUCUGUUUCUACACUCUCACUUAGGGAAAAUGGAAGGGAGGUGGUUGUCACCAAGAUAGUUCUCGAGUCUGUAUGCUGUAGUCCUGAUCUCUGCUACACCUCAAUUCUCCAAUUUCAAAGCCUGCAAGCAUUGUCUGGCUCCUCCACCAGCACUUCAUACUAACAAUAUUUAAAUUUCUUUAAACAGUUUCUCUUGCAAAUUUGCAUCUUCCUGACUACUAUUCUUUUUUGAUCCUUCUCUGACUCCUUCCUCUCCUUGCCUUCAGUUUUAAUCAUUAUCCAGUAAGUUAGCGUAUAAAGCAUUUGUUGCAUCCAGUAUCCUAUCUGCGUUUCCAUUGUCAGGACUUUAUUAACUAUUGUUAAUAGUCACCAAAAUGGUAUCAUCUUCAUAAUCACGUUUUCCCUAAUACCAGGUUAGUUUUCACAAUGACAUUCUUAAUAGCCACAGCCCUUUUCGAAAACUUUUAGAGGGUUUACAAUUCUUUUAGAAUAAUGUCCACACUCUAUAGCAUAGGCUCUAGCCUUCUUUUCCAUUCCAUUUCCAUCAUUACCUCUCUCUGGAGCCUUCCCAGGGCCUGUCCAGUGCUCUCCAACUCCGUAUUUUAUGCCUGCAUGUCCCUCUUCUUUGGAUAUCUUCCCCUCAUAUCUGAGUGUUAAAAUCUUUGGGGCACAAACUUAAAUUCUAGCUGCUCUAUAAAAAUUUUACUUGAUCCCAGCUGCCAAAAAUAAUCUCCCCUUCCUCUAAACUUGCAAAAUAACUCUCUUUAUAUCUGUUAGUCAUUAAAAUAUCUCUAAUUUUUAUAGACAUGUAGCAGUGUUAAGUACAUUUUUACACGUAUUUUAUUUUAAUCCUUACAAAAGUGAAACGAAGUUUUAUUCAGCACCAUUUUAAAGAUGUGAAAACUGGGAAUGAGAGAAUUACAUUGUAUAUACUUGUCACUGUCACUCUUGCCUUUGAAUAAUUUAUACGUGCAUUUUUCUUGUUUCCCUACUUUGUCCCUCGAGGCUUUGCACUUAAUAGGCAGUCUUAUUUGAAUGAGUACAAGACUGGGUUCAUGGAAACAAAAGUGUUUUUCCAUAAUUACUAUUUGAGGGAUAUGUGUUUUAAAGUAAUUUGGGUACAUGCUAAUAGCUUUUUUAAAAGUUGUGGCCUUUGUUAAGUCUGGCAGUAAGAAAAAGAAAAUCACCAAAGCUGAACGAUUGAAGCAGCUACAAGAGGAGGAGGAGAAACGACAAAAAGAGGAAGAGGAAGCCCGUGUGAAACAUGAAAAAGAAGAAAUGGAGAGACUUGAAAUACAACGAACUGAGAAAGAAAAAUGGCGAAAACUUGAAGCAAAAGCUCUAGAAAGGAGCAAUGAAGAACUUGAAGAACUUUAUUUAUUAGAGAGGUGUUUCCCUGAAGCAGAGAAAUUGAAACGAGAGAAGAGAUUGCUUUCUCAGUGGAAACACUACAUUCAAUGUGAUGGGAGUCCUGAUCCUUCAAUAUCCCAAGAAAUUAAUACUUUUAUUAGCUUGUGGAAAGAGGAAACCAAUGAGACUUUUGAGGCAGUGAUUGCAAAGAGUAAAUUAGUGCUAAAUUUAAUUGAGAGAUUGAAAUUAAUUUUAUUGGAAACCCCACCGUAUGAUUUGCAAGACAAAAACAUAGCACAGUACCAGGGAUCAAUUCUAGAACUGCGGGAGCUCCUUCAUCUUAAGUUUAACAUAGCCACAGAAAUACUUCUCAGACAAGCUAGUACUUUAGCAGAUCUGGACAGUGGAAAUAUGGAAAAAGUCAUUCAAGAUGAAAAUGUUACUCUCUAUGUGUGGGCAAACCUCAAGAAGAAUCCAAGGUACAGAAGUGUCAGAUUCUCUGAGACACAGAUUGGAUUUGAAAUUCCGAGGAUACUAGCAACAUCUGACAUUGCUCUGCGACUCCUGCAUACUCACUAUGAUCACGUCACGCCGCUGAGGCCCGUUCCAGCAGCAUCACAGGAAAACACCUCCACAGUAACUCCCGUUGUCAAAGGUGAAGUUAAGAGCGUAGAAACAGCAAUCAGCAAAAAUCUCCAAGAAGAGCGUAAACAACAAGAAAAUGAGUCUCACUCAGUUCAUGAGGAAGAAACAGAAGUCAUGGAGGAACAAGAUGAUACUGAAAGACAAACGGAAGAACCUGAAGCCACAAAAUGUGACCUGGAGAUGAAAUUAUUAAGUGAAACAGUUUCAGCAGCCCAGAUGUUGCUGUUAGAGAAUGCUUCUGAAAAGCCAUAUUCCUUUGAAGACCCUGAGGUUGAUUUAUACCAAUUCACAACUCUGGGUGGAGUGUACCACUUGGAUAUUUUGGAGCUUCCCCCUCAGUGUAAACCAGUGAAGGGCUGGAUGAUUGUGGAAAUACUCAAAGAAGGAUUACAGAAAUACGUGUAUCCUCCAGAAACUACAGAAGACUUUGAAAUGGAAAAUGCUUUCCCACCCAUAGAGGUCAUGCUUAAGGUUCAUGAGAAUGUCAUCUUUUUUGAGGCUCCUAUGGUUGCAAGGUGGGAUGCUGAAGGUAAACACUGGAAGACUGAUGGCAUCAGCAAUGUGUCUUACCAACCAGAAGACAGACUUAUAACAUUCAGCCUGGAAACCUUUGGCCCUGUUACCUUGAUUCAAGAUGCUCACGUUAACAUGCCAUACCAGUCAUGGGAACUAAGGCCACUUGAUGUGAAUAAAGUACUUUUGACUGUGACUACAGUAUUUACUGAGAUUCAAAUACAAGUUAAGGAAAACCUCUGCAUGUUAGCUUCAAUCAAACUAAAUAACAAAAGGCAUUCUUCUGCUUUGGAAGAAAAGUGGAUGUCUCCUGUUUCUUUCAUUAUUGCUUUGAAAGAAGCUGGAUUGAAUAUCUUCCCAACUGGACACUCUCAUUUUUAUGUUGUUACAAACUAUAAGCUUCCUUUGGUAGAAAUGAAAGCUUAUCGACAAAUGGCCCUGCUAAGUUCCGCUUUUGCAUUUGGUUGGAGCAGGUGGAAUACAGAAUGUGAUCCUAAAAACGUUGUAUUUAAGGUGCGGGAACACCUUACAAAAGAAGAACCCAGUCCGAAUCCUAACUGGAACUUCCUAAUGUUCAGCGGUGACAGGGCCCAAAGUCUCAAGAUCAACGAAUCCAGUGAGGCAUUCUCUAAAGCCCUCAAAGAAGACACUGAGUUUCAUUCUACUUUAUAUCACAUGGUGAAGGAUUCUGCUUCUGAGGAAGCAAUGGAGAAAGUCGGGCGUUCCAGCUGUCAGUUUAUUGACUCUGUGUGCCAUCUGCUCCUCUCCACUAGGUUACUCAGCUAUUCUUAAAUCCCCCCUGAUAAAUGUUACUCAGUCUGAAGAAAGGAUCAGGCAACUUGGAGAGAAAUCAGGUAUUAUUUCGUCAAUAAAGUAUGAUGAGUGAGUAUUUUUCAAAUAGCGUAUUAAAAGAUCUAAUCAGCAUUUUAUAUACUCCAAUUUUUUUUAAGAAUUAGGGGUUUUUCCCUAUGUAUACUUAGCCUACUGAGAGUUCCAACUUUUGACUAUGAAAAUUUGAAUGGUUCUUUAUUUCAAUAAAUUUUAACAAA